AAAUCUAACAGUAAACUGAAAAUACAUCCUCUAGACACUACUAAUUUGUUUUCAGCAAACUCUAAACUGAGUCUGAAAUCAUAAUUACAGACCAGAAAGCCUUGCACAUUCCCAACUCUAGAUUUGCCUUUGCCAGGAUUUCUAUUACUCGACAAUAAAAAGAUUAUAGUACUAUAGUCUUCAAUGCUGCAACAAGGUUUCACCCCUGAUGGCAACCUUGUUUCACUUUCCAACUCUCCUAUCCCUCUCUUCUCAUAAACCCCUCUUCUCAUCAAAGCCGCAGCAAUGGCUAAGCUGGAAAAUUCAUGAAUACCCACCAAGAAGAAGCUUGAAAAUAUGUGCCUUUUCUAUUAAAAGACCCAGGAGUGGUAGAAAGGUAAAGAGCAAUGAGGAGCUUUGUAAUGAUAUAAGGGAAUUUGUAGCUGCGGUUGGACUUCCAGACGGUCAUGUUCCCUCCGUGAAAGAGCUUUCUCAGCAUGGAAGGAAUGAUCUGGCAAACAUUGUUAGACGGAGAGGAUACAAACUUAUCAAAAGGCUUCUUACGAGCUCACCUGAGAUAGACAUUGACGGAUUUAAUGCGGAGAAAAGUGUAGUUGAAAAGUGUGAUGCUACUGGUGACUCUGAAGAUAUUUUGGAAGGUCAGAAUCAAAAGGGGGAGAAUGCAAUCCAAGAUGUUUCCUUGCCAACUGAAGUUUUCAGCAUGGGGAAUAGUUUAAUUGGAGUAUAUAGUGAUUCUGAUGACCAUAGUUGCAUGAAGAAAAAUACUAUGCACACUUCAGGAGAUCAAAAGGAAAUGGAAAAUGCUAUCGUUGAAGAUGCUUCCCCAUCAACCUUUCUCUCAAUUGAGGAAAACUAUUCUGGGAGUUUGAAUGCUAAUCCAGAUCUUAAUUCUGACGACCGUAGUUCCAUGCCUGAAAAAUCUAUAGCCAUGUCAAUUUUGGAGGAAAAAGUUGCAAAAUUUGUUCAAAAAGGAGAUUUGGAUUCAAUUGAGUAUAAUGUUGGUGGGAUGUUAAAUGAAAGUGCUGACAAAGAAAGGAACGAAGUUGUUGUUGAAACUAAUAUUGAAGUAGGAACUCAAUCUAGGGCCAAUAGUCAAGAAUGCUCAGAACAUGCCUGUGGUGCUGCUAUCACAUUGAAUGGAAGUACAACUGUGGCCAAGCAGGUUGCUCCUCCCGUGGCAGUGAAUUACCUUCCUUGGAGUCAUGAUAAUAUGGAAGCACAUAUGUUAAAUGGUGAUGAUUUGAGGGAGGAUUUGAAUUCUGAGACCACUGGAAGGGACAAUCAAAUUGAGAUUAAUCACCUCAAGUUUAUGCUGCACCAGAAGGAAUUAGAACUAUCCCGUUUGAAGGAGCAGAUUGAAAAGGAAAAGAAUGCUUUGUCGGCCCUGCAAACCAAGGCUGAAACAGAGAUCCACAAAGCUCAGAAACUUGUCUCUGAGAAAGAUGCUGAAUUGCAUGCUGCUGAGGAAAGCCUCUCAGGACUAGAGGAGGUCCAAAUCGAAUACUCUGGAGAUGGUGAAAUUGUGGAGGUAGCUGGUAGCUUCAAUGGUUGGCAUCAUCGGAUUAAAAUGGAUCCUAAGCCAUCUUCUACCAUCAAAAACCCCAUUGAAUCAAGGAAGCCCAAACUCUGGUCGACAGUGCUAUGGCUUUAUCCUGGGAUAUAUGAGAUAAAAUUUAUUGUUGAUGGUAAAUGGGAGAUUGAUCCACAGAGAGAGUCAACUGACAAGGGUGGAAUAUGUAACAACAUUCUCCAAGUUGACAGAUAAAUUUCGGCUGGGUGGGAGAUUCUUCAUAUACUGCAUAACAAUAAGAUUGCCAGAUUCCAUACUGGAUUGGUUCGGCACCCAGCAAUAUUAGUUGACAGUUGGAACAGAGAAGCACAUUGCCUGCAUUGAGAAAGGUGGCUGGUGUCAUGCAUGACCUUGAGAUUUGGGUUUGUGGUUGGCUGUCUGCAACACACAAAAAAAGGACUUUAUACAUUUUCCUUGUGAUAUCCCCUUGAGUUACAUGCAAAAUCACAUAAACAUUUGAUAUUUCAUGUUCAUAAGGGUAAGGUAAUAGUUAGCAAAGGAUGUGUAGCUUCAUCAAGAAAUUCAUGACUUAUUAUAGAAGACAUUGAAGCAAUAGGUUUUCUCAACGUCUGGUUCUACCAGUGUACAGAUGAUUUGUAGCUACCGAUGUAUAUCUCCAGUUCUUGUAAACAUUGAGAACUCUGAAUUCUGUAGGAUGGUUCAUAGGAACCUUAGGUAGAAUCUUGCCAUAAAAAUUGUCCAUGUUACCAUGUGACUUAGAGCUGUAAAGAUUCAGUGAGUUAGGAAUUUAAAAUUUGCGGACUUAUUACAGGUGCA